GAGCCGCCCCCUCUCCCUGCCCACGUGGUCUCGGCCACUGCCCAGGACUGCUCACGAGUUCAGGGUUCCCGGGCGGCUGGCUCCUCCAGUUCCAGGUGUGCGCGGGUGGCAUCUCCCCUACGCGCUCCCGGCAGCACGCGGCCGCCGGCUCCGAGAUUCUCCGCGGCUGUCGGAAUCCCAGGACCAUACCUGGGGGCACAGCCGGCGCCGCCCUCCGCCUUCCCUACCAGUAGGCCGAUUUCCUUAUUAGCAUACGGUGGGGAAAUGGUCGUGCUUUCGGUGCCCGCGGAAGUCACUGUGAUCCUGUUAGAUAUCGAAGGUACCACAACCCCGAUUGCUUUCGUGAAGGACAUUUUAUUUCCUUACAUCAAAGAAAAUGUCAAAGAGUAUCUGCAGACACAUUGGGAAGAAGAGGAGUGCCAACAGGACGUCAGUCUUUUGAGGAAACAGGCUGAAGAAGAUGCUCACCUGGAUGGGGCUGUUCCCAUCCCUGCAGCGUCUGGGAAUGGAGUGGAUGACCUGCAGCAGAUGAUCCAGGCUGUGGUGGACAACGUGUGCUGGCAGAUGUCUCUGGACCGAAAGACCACUGCCCUCAAACAGCUGCAGGGCCACAUGUGGAGGGCGGCGUUCACUGCCGGGCGCAUGAAAGCAGAGUUCUUCGCAGACGUAGUUCCAGCAGUCAGGAAGUGGAGAGAGGCUGGAAUGAAGGUGUAUAUCUAUUCUUCAGGGAGUGUAGAGGCACAGAAACUGUUAUUUGGGCAUUCUACAGAGGGAGAUAUUCUUGAGCUUGUUGAUGGUCACUUUGAUACUAAGAUUGGACACAAAGUGGAGAGUGAGAGUUACCGGAAGAUUGCCAACAGCAUUGGAUGCUCAACCAACAACAUUUUGUUUCUGACAGAUGUUACUCCAGAGGCCAGCGCUGCCGAGGAGGCAGACGUGCACGUGGCUGUGGUGGUGAGACCUGGCAAUGCGGGACUGACGGAUGACGAGAAGACUUACUACAGCCUCAUCACGUCCUUCAGCGACCUCUACCUGCCUUCCUCAACCUAGAGAAGCAUCGCUAAGGAGGCCACUCCGCCUCACAGAGUUGUCCCUGUAGUGUCUAGUUUUAUUCUAAUGGUAAAAGUAACUUACUUUAAAAAUACACGUAUAUACACAUGUGUAUGCAAGUGUAUGUGUGUGUAUGCUCACAUUAACUUCCAUGACACGUAAGUGAGAAAAAAGUCUCAGUUCAGUGAAAAUGAAACUUCCUUAAAGAUGCUCUGUAUCAGCGGUUCUCAACCCGUGGGUCGCGACCAAUGAAAAUACAUCCUGUGUAUCAGAUAUUUAUAUAACAAUUCAUAAUAGCAAAAUUACAGUUAUGAAGUAGCAACGAAAAUAAUAUUAUGGCUAGGGGGGUCACAACAUGAGGAACUGUAUUAAAGGGUCGCAGCAUUAGGAAGGUUGAGAACCACUGCUUUAUACGUAGAAAUUGUUUGAAACAAUACUCUAACCCAGGGGCGUCCAACCCUUUUUUUCCUGCUAUACAUUGCAAGAAGAAUUGUCUUGGGCCACACAGUAAAUAUACAAACACUUAGCAAAAGCCAAUGAGCAUAAAACGGUCUGUGUGUAAUUUGGGGGAUAGUUGACACCACAGAUAAGCAAAACAGGCCUCAAAUAAUCCACACACAGCCCAUGGGUCACAGGUUGGACACCUUUGCUAACUCUUAACGCGGGCACAGUGCGGUUGAUAGAAGAAAUUGCUAACAUACAGAUCUAGCGUGUUAACUGUAUCAAGUUGUGUACCAAAAUGGAAAGCUAGUUUUGAGAAAUUAUUCAGAAGCCUUGUUUUAAAAACUAAAAUUAUUUCCAAAACUUAUUUCUAAUAGUAAUUCAUUGCCCUGCUCCUGUUCAUUUGUGAGUUAGAAAUUACAGAAGCUGCCUUUAAUAUUUAUCUCCCUGUAUACAUAAGACAAAAGGUAUUUGUUUCUGCACCAAAAGAUAGCAAAAUUGGGAAAGAAACUUCGAGUCUUGAUCAAUCAAGUAUCUGUCACUUAAGAAGAAACUUGCUGAUGAUUGUGGCACCCGUGGCAAGAAGGUGCUUUACCAGUGACAAAGGUACGCCUGUGUAACUGGCAAAAAUAGAGAUGCAGUUCUCAGUGUUUAACAAAACAGUCCUAAUUCUGCCAGUUGUGAUCUUUAUAGAUCUUAUACUUAGUUGCCUUUCUAGCUACUUCUUAGCACACUUAGAGAAUAUAUGGUAAGUGCUAUUUACUAUUAAUAAAACAUGGUAUUACUGAAAUCAGUCUAUAAGAUCAAGAAAAGCCCCAGUAUGUAAUAUUUUCCUGUGAAAUGGAUGUGAGAAAUGUAAAUUUUAUAGCAGCACUAUUUAUCCUGGUUGAGUUCUAAUGAGGUGGUCAUGCCAAUUUCAUGUUGUGAUUAAUAAAAGUAUUUUCUUCUUCACUCAGUUUUAUAUAGGUUCUUGAACUAUGCCACAUGCUGCCAAAGCAAAAGAGAAACUGAGAU